CAGGAGGGCAGAUGUCUCUUUCAGCCAUACUUGGAAUGUAGCAUCUGGUUUCUGGACAUGGAGGUCAAUGACCAAGUGGCCUGCGCUCAGCCCCUGCGCAAGUCCAGGCAAAGGGCUUGUGUUUUAGGGCCAGGCAUACUAAUCCAGUAGCCACUUUACAAUUGCAAUUCAUAGGAAUAUCCAUCUAAUUAGAUAGGAAAAGCUCUUUCUCUCAUCCCUUGCUGUUCAGUCAGUAAGCGGGGCCGCACAAGCUCAGCAAAAAGGUUUUCUCACCGGACUUUUACGUAGUCGAUUCACUUGGACUUCGCCUGCCUGGAAGACCGAGGAGGAAGAGGACUCCGGAUGAUGUAGGUACGCAUCAAUGGCCCUCCAGGUAGAAGGUGUGUUAUUCCUGACAUGACCCGCAAAGACCACAGAAUUGAAGUGGACAAGCUAUGUCAAGUUCUGGCUCACCUCACUUGCCAGCAACCUUUGUGAACGAUGAACAGACCAAUAACUCAAAAUUAGACAUCAUGUCACGCGUCGCUUCUGUCACGUCAAAAGGUUGUGUCAAUCGCCCCUCUCCUGGACGGAAAGAAUUUCUUCAGCGAACUUGAAGGUCUGUAUGCGCUGUAUGCUCUCGCCUUAGCCUUGCACUUGGCACUGCGUUUGGGCAGUGCCUUUGGCUUUGCCUUGGCUUUCAGCCUAUUCUCGCGGUUCUGCUUCAGCAAGAGCCGUUGCUCCUCUCUGGGAAUCUUGGGCGCAAGCUGCUGGUCAAUAUCAGAUCCCAUGACGCAAAGCUCACGAUGUGCUACGGCAACCUUGCGCACUGUGCAGAGGGAACAAGGUGCCGGUGCUGCCCUCCAAGCGCUUGGAGCCCUCAUGGAGUCCCGAAUGGAGGUGAACGUGUUUCACUACAACACUGUCAUAUCCGGGUGGGCAAUGGAAGGUGAUGGCCUGCUUGCCAGGAAGAUCUUCAGGCAGAUGUGCAAAAGUGACAUUCGACCAACCAUUGUCAGUUAUGGGGCUCUCGCUUCUGCUGUUGGGAAAGACAUGUUAUGGCACCUGAGCAUGGACUUGCUGCAGCAAAUCAAGCCAGCAGCUCUGGAGCCCAAUGCUGUGUUGUUAUCUUCUGCGGCAGCAUCUUUGCAGCAAGGUCAACAAUGGCGUCUCGCUUCGAGAAUGCUUUGCACCAUGAUGAUGCAGGAAGUGCUGGCCAAUUUGAUUUGCCUUAACUCUGUCAUGAGUGCCCUUGCAAAGACCGACCAGUGGCUGGCAGCAUUGCAGCAGCUUUCAGAGAUGUUUCAAGUUGCUUUGGAGCCGGACUCCGCUAGCUAUGUUUGCUGCAGAGGCAGCUGGCACAAAGUGUGUCACAUGUUGCGAAGUGCGUCAUUGGCUGGCAUACGGAGAAGCCACAAAUUGGUGAACAUGGGGGCUGCUGCUUGUGCUGCUGAUUCGCAAUGGCACCAGGUUCUCUUGCUGCUCCGGGAGAUGGCGAUGCAGUUCCUCCAGUUGACAGUUGUGAGCUUCAACACUGCAGUCAAUGCCUGUGGAAGGGUGGGCGGUCUAUGGCCUCGGGCGAGUACACUCCUACAGGUGACAGCAGAAAAAUUGCAGCCAAAUGUGGUGACCUUCAACACUCACAUUAACGGCCUUGAAGAGAGCAACUGGGGCCUUUCAUUGGCCCUGGUGGACCGUAUGUCUUACAUGCAGGUUCUAGCGGACCAGCUGACUCGCAACUGUAUCAUCAGUUCUGGUCAUUGGCAGCUGGGCCUGGACUACAUCAGCUCCGGCAUCAAAGGUAUGCAGGUUGAUUUGCUUGGACUUAAUUCUGCCAUAAGCAGCUCAGAGCGCUGUGGUCAUUGGUGGGAUGCGCUGGCCCUAUUUGAAUCAAUAUCACAUUUUUGCCGCCCCAGUGUUGUGAGCCAAAAUGCGGUGCUCAGUGCAUGUGAACAAGGGGUUGAAUGGAAGAGAGCAUUGGUGCUCUUGCGCCAGUGGAGACGGAUGAGGAGUUACGCAAUGCUACCUGGACCUUCAUCCUCAUUCUCCUUUGGUUUCAUCACUUUUGUCCACCGCCUGCACACUCAAGUUGCUGCCACCUGAGUGUUUGCAUAUCGGGAAGGAUGUGAUGCUUUCCAUUUUAUGCCCUCCCCGGAUCAUAUGUCAUACGUGCAAAGACGUUGGCUGUUGCUGCGCCAAUGCGACUCAGAAUGCUGCACCUUCAACACCUUGCCAUGGGACUGCGGAUACUUUCAGCUACAACUCAUCCAUCAGCGCUUGCAGUGUGGCUUGGACCCAAUCGUUGCAAUGCUUUGGCGACAUGGCCGGCGUGAUGACACGUGAUUUGGUCGCCUACAACGCUGCUUCUCACGCAUUGGGGUCUUCCGGCUUUUGGAUGCAAAGCUUGAGGCUGUUUUACUUUGCCUUGCGAGAUCGGGUUGAACAUCUCGACCCAGCAGCAUACGGCACUUUAGUGAUGGCAUGUGGGAGUGGCUUUCAAUGGUCAUUUUCGUUGACUUACUUGAGGGCAAUGACGAACAUGUCUUUCUAUCCACACAUUGGCAUUACAAGUUCUGCAGUGAGCGGCUGUGAGAAGAGUGGCCAACCAUUCUGUCCUCAAGGGACACCGCACGGCCUUUCACACUCCAUCUCUCCGUCAGCGGGGCCUGUUUGAUCAGAUCUCUCCAGCGAAAUGACACCCGCUCCCCCAGGAGCAGAUGCAGACCAGUUGAAUUGAGGAAACGCUAGGAACCUCUCCUGCUUGGGCAAGUGCCACCAGCUGCAACACGCUGCAAUGCAAGUACUUGGCCAGUUCAGAGAUGCAGCUUUGGCUGCAUGCAGUUGUACGACCAGCGCCAACAAGGCCGUUCAUCUCAAACGUCGGCCUCACUCUGCCGGUGGGAUGAACGGCCUUGCCAUUUCCCCACUCCACCAAAUUGGCCAAGUGCCACUACCUGAGAGGAUGGCUUGGAGACUGUGAGAGUCGGGCGGUGUGAAAAGUCACGUGGAGCUCGUGGAACACGAUUUGUGAUAUUUUGUGAUUAGUUGGGGUCCUGGUUCGUUUCUGUCGAUUACUGCAUCAGUAUGAGUUAUGAGUCAUGAGUCUUUCUAGAUUCUAGCAUCGUUAGUCUCCUACACGAAUAGCAUAAUCACGAUCACAAAAAUUUACUGUAGUUGGCGCGGAAACCCU